CAAUGCUUGAUUUAAUCAUAUUAGUGACGAUUACAAAGAAGCUUUAAAACCCCAAGGCUAGUGUGCAGUGCUGGAAUUGUUCAGAGAGCUCAUGAGAAACUGGCUAUUGUGAGAAGUUUAAAAUAGAACAAACCACUGUUUACUUACAGGCAAAAAGAUGCCAGUAAUCAAUAUCGAAGACCUCACAGAAAAGGACAAAUUGAAGAUGGAAGUUGACCAGCUCAAGAAAGAAGUGACGCUGGAAAGAAUGCUGGUUUCCAAGUGUUGUGAAGAAGUAAGGGAUUAUGUGGAAGAAAGAUCUGGGGAGGAUCCACUAGUAAAAGGUGUCCCGGAGGACAAAAAUCCAUUCAAGGAGCUCAAAGGAGGUUGCGUGAUUUCCUAAAAGAAGAAAAGUAAUCCUUGGAAAAUCUCAAAUUUCAAUAACAAUAUGAAUUUGUGUCAUAUAUAAUAAUAUUGGUAAGGAUGUACAUGAAUUUUAAAUUUAUAAUGUAAACAUAAAAUA